UCAAGCACUCCUUAAAGAAGGAAGAUUAGAAGCUGAAGAAGUGAAUAUAUACCAGGUAUCUGAUAGUACUUCUCAGAUAUCUGGGCUAGAUAAGCAAAAUUUGAAGGUAUAUAGUAUGCUUUCUAGAGAAAUUAGAGCAUUAGAUAAAAAACUGGAUGAUUAUCAUUCUGAAUAUAAUAGCUUAAAAAAGAUAGUAAAAAGAUUAAAAAGAGAUGUGAGAACCCAAAAAAUUGAAUUAGAAAAUAUGGAUGAAUGUGUAGAUAGAGACACUGUAGUUGAUUUAAUACAUGAAAUAGUUUCCCUUUUAUUAAUUAAUGAAAAAAAG